CUGGAGCCGGGACCACCACGGUGACUGCUCCAGAGCCUCCGCGUCGGGGCGGCGGCGGCCGUUCGGCUCCUGAGCCGCCGGCUGGCCCCGCGCCCCACCCCAUCCCCACGGGCGGGGGACGGGCCCGGCGCGGUCAGGUGGGCUCGGGAGCAGAGUUGCAGAAUCCAAGGACCCCUUCUGUUCUUUCUCCAUAUUGCUUGAUGGGAGGCAUUAUGGCCCCCAAAGACAUAAUGACAAAUACUCAUGCUAAAUCCAUCCUCAAUUCAAUGAACUCCCUCAGGAAGAGCAAUACCCUCUGUGAUGUGACAUUAAGAGUAGAGCAGAAAGACUUCCCUGCCCAUCGGAUUGUGCUGGCUGCGUGUAGCGAUUACUUCUGUGCCAUGUUCACUAGUGAGCUUUCAGAGAAGGGGAAACCUUAUGUUGAUAUCCAAGGUUUAACUGCUUCUACCAUGGAAAUCCUUUUGGACUUUGUGUACACAGAAACAGUACAUGUGACAGUGGAAAAUGUACAAGAACUGCUCCCUGCAGCCUGUCUACUUCAGCUGAAAGGUGUGAAGCAAGCCUGCUGUGAGUUCUUAGAAAGUCAGUUGGACCCUUCUAAUUGCCUCGGUAUCAGGGAUUUUGCUGAAACUCAUAAUUGUGUUGACCUGAUGCAAGCAGCUGAGGUUUUUAGCCAGAAGCAUUUUCCUGAAGUGGUACAGCAUGAAGAGUUCAUUCUUCUAAGUCAAGGAGAGGUGGAAAAGCUAAUCAAGUGCGAUGAAAUUCAGGUGGAUUCUGAAGAGCCGGUUUUUGAGGCUGUCAUCAACUGGGUGAAGCAUGCCAAGAAGGAGCGAGAAGAAUCCUUGCCUGACCUGCUGCAGUACGUGCGGAUGCCCCUGCUGACCCCCAGGUACAUCACAGAUGUAAUAGAUGCAGAGCCUUUCAUCCGCUGUAGUUUACAGUGCAGAGAUCUAGUUGAUGAAGCCAAGAAGUUUCAUCUGAGGCCUGAACUGCGGAGUCAGAUGCAGGGACCAAGGACAAGGGCUCGUCUAGGAGCCAAUGAAGUGCUUCUGGUUGUUGGGGGCUUCGGGAGCCAGCAGUCUCCCAUUGACGUGGUAGAGAAGUAUGACCCUAAGACUCAGGAGUGGAGCUUUUUGCCGAGCAUCACUCGUAAGAGACGGUAUGUGGCCUCAGUGUCCCUACAUGACCGGAUCUACGUAAUUGGUGGCUAUGAUGGCCGUUCCCGCCUCAGUUCAGUGGAAUGUCUAGACUACACAGCAGAUGAGGAUGGGGUCUGGUAUUCUGUGGCCCCUAUGAAUGUCCGACGAGGACUUGCUGGAGCCACCACCCUGGGAGAUAUGAUCUACGUCUCUGGAGGCUUUGAUGGAAGCAGGCGUCAUACCAGUAUGGAGCGAUAUGACCCAAACAUUGACCAGUGGAGCAUGCUGGGAGAUAUGCAGACAGCCCGGGAAGGCGCUGGACUAGUAGUAGCCAGCGGAGUAAUCUACUGCCUAGGAGGAUAUGAUGGCUUGAAUAUCUUGAAUUCAGUUGAGAAAUAUGAUCCCCAUACAGGACACUGGACUAAUGUUACACCAAUGGCCACCAAGCGGUCUGGUGCAGGAGUAGCCCUGCUGAAUGACCAUAUUUAUGUGGUGGGGGGAUUUGAUGGUACAGCCCACCUUUCUUCUGUUGAAGCAUACAACAUUCGCACCGAUUCUUGGACAACUGUCACUAGUAUGACCACUCCACGAUGCUACGUAGGGGCCACAGUGCUUCGGGGGCGGCUCUGUGCAAUUGCAGGAUAUGAUGGAAACUCCCUGCUGAGUAGCAUUGAAUGCUAUGACCCUAUCAUUGACAGCUGGGAAGUAGUGACUUCCAUGGGAACCCAGCGCUGUGAUGCUGGUGUGUGUGUUCUCCGAGAGAAGUGACCAUUGUUGGAGCACCGUCCAGAGCUAGUGACCAGUCCAAAGGACAGUUUGUGGGAGAAUCAAGGAUCCUUUCCAGAAUACCUAUUUCUCACUGUGUGCAUAAGUUGAUUACAGGCACCAGUGCAGUGAUGAUUGUACUUAUUUGCCCCGUACUCCCCCUCACAUUGGUAGUUAUUUCUGAGAAGGGUGGAUAACAGACACUCAAGGGAUAAAAAUGCACAUUGAAUGGACGUGAGAGACCAGAUUACCUCUCCCUCUGGUCUGGGGAGCACUUUCUUGUCAUUUGUAACUUACCUUGUGCUUAGGAGAAUAUAUAUAUAUAUAUGUUGUGCCUCAUACAUUGCAGAGAACUAAGGUAAGUAUGGCCUACUAGAUGUGGGCAGUAUCCAGCCUAGAUGAUUGGAAGGAUACCAACUUAAGUAAGCUCAGUAAAAUCCAUGUCUUUUUUCCAGGAACAAAUAUGUUUUUCUAAUCUACAGGUAGCUAGGGGCAACACAGUUUCAUUCUGGAGGAAAACAAAAGAGAAAUCCCUAUCAAAACUUUGGGGACCAGGGAGAGAGACUCAUCUUACACUCCCUUAGGAGGACAGGGUUAGUAUAUCAGACCUGAGGUUAGAGUAAGUGAAGUAAACAAUCUGAGGCAAUGUGAGUGAAAUUAGAACACCACUGAACUUAUAACCUGGAAGAUCGAGAAGGUUGCAUUAUUUGAAGGUUGUUUUUUUUUCCCAAGGUCUUUCUAAAGUAGAGUGUUGUGCAUCCGUGCAGUAGAGACUGGGAGAAUAACAAGAGUUAACAAAUCUUGGGAUGAGAGGCAAUAACAUAAAUGUGAGAAUUCAACAUACCUGGGGAUGAGCUAGAAGUACCUGUGAUUUUACAAUUGUCUUAUUUCCUGCCAAGGUUCAUCUAGCCCUGGCAAUGUUUGCCUUGAAUGGUGAGAGACUGUCUUUUUUUUGUUGAAUCCAAUGCUACUACACCAUUACACUUCCACACUAUUUAUUAGGGGAUGGGGUGGGGUUGGCAGCAGCCCAGUUUCAGCUACCUGAUUACUGCCCAUUCUUUUAAGGGCACACUUCUGCUAAGGAGUGGUUUUUACUGCUGUGUUUGGUACAUUUAGUCCUUUUCCUGCUAUAAGUUUCCCUUACAUGUCCAUAGAAUGGAUUUUAUUCAUUCCAGGACAGAAUAAUCAAGGACAACAAAAAUUCCUUUGUUAGUUCUAGUACCUCUGCUAUCACCGUUUCUGAACUACCAUUCAAGGCACCUGUGUAUCAUGGAGUGAAAUUCUUGCUUUAUAAGUAUUGAGAGUGUGGGAAUGCCAUAACCUAAACAAGGGUGUACUUUCCCUGUGCUCUGAAAUUCCAUUUUUUCUUCUUUCCCUGAGUUGUAUUGACCUACAGAGUUAAUUUCCUUUGUAUUUUUUUAAGAAAAUAUUAAAAAUUAACUGUCUCAAA